AGGGGUGAUCUACGUCAACGGGAUUUGAAGGUAGCCGAGGGUGAAACCGGCAUGAAAGUGGUGCUUCAGGAGAAGGAUGCAACGAUCGAGAAACUGAAGCAACAGGUGGCUGAUCUGGAGCAGAAGCUUACCAUCGACACAGUAGCUCGCUCAACGUUAGAGGAGGAACUGAAGGUUGCCAAACGAGCGGCGGCAGAUCUUGAGGUAAGCCGUAACGGUAACGAGAAAUUGUUACUAGAACUGCAGGAGAAACUGGCAACGAGUGAGAAAAGUCUACAAGCAGAGAUUAAAAUGCGGCAAGAGAAGGAGUCGAUGGGGCUUCAAAUGCAAGCGUUACUGACGGAACUGGGCACAUCGAACGAUGAAAUGACCGCUCAAUUGGUGACCAAAGAGGAAGCAUUAACCAACGGCAAAAAGUUGCUAGAUGAGCUGGAAGCUGAUCGUUUGAAACUUCAAGCAGACCUGAAAACACUACGGGAAACCAUCGAGCAGACGCGCACUGAGGCGGAAGCAAAAUCGAUCGAACUGCAGGCCAGGAUUGAUGCCGAUCGGACGAACCUCGAAGCCACCAAGAAGCAACUGCAUGCUGCCGAGCAGGAAAAUCUAGCCAAAGAUAAGCAACUUGAGGAAGACGAGGUCCUAGUGGCAGCACUACAGAAGGAACUCAAGGAGCUUAACGGGGCAAAUGUCACACUAAAUCAGGAACUGUCGGCCAUCAAGAACAGUUUCGCUGACAAAGAUGGUACGGUGGCGAAAUUGCUCGAGGAGAAAGGUGCUCUAGAAUCUCAACUGCAAUCCACGAGUGCAGAAGCUGCAGAAAAACUGAAACAAUUGGAAGAAGAGCUAGCGCAACGUGAAAUCGCUUGGCAGAAGGAUGAGGAGCAGAAGGCUGCCCUCACGAAACAGGAACUUUCCCAACGCGAUGCAAAGCUAGGUGAGCUUACCGUUGCAACGGAAGAACGCCAAAAGCAAUUGGAUGCAGCGCGUCAAACAUUACAAGAAUUACAAGAAAAAUUGAAAGAAACGGAUGUAGCGCUUGUAUCGAAAUCUGCUGAUGCCCAGCUCUUUGAGCAACAGUUGGUAAGUUUGCGUGCCGAACUUUCCACGAAAGAGGAACAAACAGGCAAGCUCAAUGCAGCUCUCACCGAGGCCACCAGCCGCUUGGAGGGCGACGAGAAGAAACUGAGUGAAGUGCAGGAACAGUUCGGUAAACUGGAAAUCGAACAUGCCGAUUUACGGCGCAAAAUGGAAGCACUUGAGCAAAAAUCGUCCCAAGUGCAGGCUCAGAAAGCAGAACUGGAACAGGAACUGCAUACGCUUCGAUCAAGCACACUGGAUUCCAACUCGGAGCUGGCGAAGGUUAGCGAAGAGCUGAAAGCUAAACAGCGUGCGUUGGAAGAGCUGCAGGACAGCUAUAACACGUUUAAGAUCGACAACGAACGGCGUGCGGAUGAGAGUGCUCAGUUUAAUGCCAGCUUACAGGAACAAGUUGUGCGUUUGCGCCAAGAGAUGCAACAGAUCACCGAUCAAAAGAUCAUCCAGGAGAACGAACUGAACACGGAGCUUCGCAAGAUCAAGGACAUGGCCGAGCAGGAGAAGGAAAAUCUCGUGCGUGAGAUUGCUGCGCUUCGAGCGAGUUUCGACGAGGAAACGUUACGGUUGAGGAAUGAGUUGGCGGACAGUGCGGCAAAGGAAGCAUCGCUGAAGGAUCAGUUAGCGACACUGCAAACGCUACACGAUCAAUCUUCGGCCCAACAAAUGGCUGAACUGGAGCGGAUCCAUACGGAACGUACCCAGGAAAAGGAAGCUAGCGAAGCCCGAGCCAAUGAAGCGGCCGAUAGAGAGGAAAAGCUCAAGAAACAGCUGGAAGAUAUGAGAGCGGAAUUACAGGAAUUUACACACAAUCUGGACGUAGUUCGCAAGGCUUCUGAGGAGGGUUCGGGCGAGCUAUCGAGACAACUGGAGCAAAAGUCAGCAACCAUUGCCGGAUUGGAGAAGGAGCUGGGACAGCAGCGUACACAGCUAGAGCAGCGAUCCCAGGACGUGAGUGAAAUGAUCGAGAAGCUAGACGCGAGUGCCAAAGCACAAUCGGAACUGCUAAAACAGUUGGCCGACAGUCAGGAGCAAGUGUUGGCCCUGAGCAAAGCCAAGGAUGAAUCGGAAAAAGCUUGCCAAGCAACGCGCAAACAGCUGGAUGAACUUAAUAGUACGUUCGGUGAGAUGGAGGAAGAGCAGGUGGAUCUGGUUAGUCGCGAGGAAACGUUGAAGAAAGAGCUGGCUCAGCUCGAGGAACGCAUGCAGGGUUCUGCCAAUGAGCACCUUAAUCAGCUUGAGCUGCUGAACAGUAAGAACAACGAUAUGUUGAAGCUGGUCGAGACGACAACGGAGGCUAAGACGGCAGUAGAGAAGGAACUGACUUUGCUAAAGACCGAACUGGACCAGAAGUCUGCUACCACGCUGACUCUGCAAUCCAGAGUGGACGAGCUAAUACCGUUGGUCCAGACGUGUGCUGAGAUGGAACAGAAGCUACAAUCUCUACAGCAGCAACUGGCGGCCAAAGAUUCAACGACGGAGGAGCUCACGAAGACUUUGGAGGGUUCGAAACAGGAAUCUGCGGCACGGUUGGUGGCUUUGAGCGCUGCCGAAGAAGAAGCACAAAAGUUACGCCAAGCUAUUUCCGGCAAGGAUGCGAAUCUACAGGAACUUCAAUCGAAGCUCGAUGCAUCGGAUCAGAAUCUAAAGGAGCGUAGUGAUGCAGCAAAUCGUUUGACUGUCGAACUGCGCCAGACGAUUGAGAGUGGCCGCACCACCCAGCGCGAGCAAGAGGAUCGUGCCAAAGAGCAACAACGUCGGAUUAGCGAGCUGGAAACGAAACUGGCAGCUCAAGCAACACAAUUUGAUGAGCUGCUCGAUCGCAAGAAAUGUUCCGAAACAGAACACUCGGCCCGGACGCACGAACUAUCCCAGAAGCUACUCGAAAUGGAAAAUAGCAAACGGCAAGAAAUUCAGGAGCUAGAGCAACGGUUGUCGGUAAUGGUGGAGCAUACCGAGGCUCAACUUACCGCCGCGGUAAGUACUGCCACCGCACAGCAACGUUCGGCCGAAAAGCGCCAGCAGGAGCUCGAGUGUACCAGAAAGGAUCUAGAGCUACGUGAAACGGAGCUACAGUUGGCGAACCGUCGGUUGGAGAAGGACAAUGAACGAUUGCGGGCGGAUUUGCUGGUCAAAGAACGGGAACUGGCAAAGCUAGAUAAGGCAGCUGCCAACAAUGUCCAGCCAACGGCGACAUCGCUGGUCGGUUUAACGGAAGAUGAUAGCGGAGCACAGAUUGAUUUCCUCAACUCGAUCAUCGUCGAUAUGCAGCGCAAAAAUGAGAAACUGAAGCUGCGUGUGCAAGCGCUCGAAUCAACUGGCACCGAAAGUCACAACAUGAGCUUCGAGAUCCAGAAACGCAAACCGGCGCCCCGCGUUUUCUGCGACAUUUGCGACGAGUUUGAUCAGCAUGAAACCGAAGAUUGUCCCAAGCAGUGUUCCGACAGUCCACCGGAAUCGUUGAAACAUCCGGGUGGUGGUGGUGAUGCGAAGGAACGCAAGUUGCCAGCGCCUCGAAAGUAUUGUGAAAGCUGUGAGGUGUUUGACCACGAGAUAGGAGAGUGUCCUGAUGAUGAAACGUACUAGGGUCAUCGCUUCAACUCCGGAAGUCGCUCAAUUUGUACGGCUCAACGGGAACGGUUUUAUUGUUCGUUUCACAUCGAUACCGAUUUCUUAGAGCGUUGUUUCCCUUUCCUUUUAAUGUUCUUAUUUGUGCUCGAUCCGCAAAUUUAGUUGCAGACGAGAUGAGGUCGAUUAUUUAUAAAGGGCAGGCAGGAAUGAGGGAAUGAAAUAUGUUAUAUGUUGACAGUUUGUUUUAAAAAAUGAUUAGCUGGAGAUCGGAAAGGUAUGAUUUCAGAAGAACAGAUAGGAUAAUUGUUAAAUCAAGUUCCUUGUGAACCAUUUCGAGGUAAAAUCAAUCGCAAUAUAAAGGCAUGAUUUAGCAUUA